GCCUCACCUCUCCCUCUUCCUCUGGUGCCCCACAUCUGAUCAAGCUGAUAAGGAGACCUGGGUUGCCCUCCUUUGGCACAGAGCCAUUUCAGACCUGCUUGAGAGACUGCCUUGUUCUCACCAGGGGCCUCAAUUAUAUCCAGUACAGAACAUGUUCCUCCUCCUGCUAAUUUUGAGCCUGGGAAUGCCGCUUCAUCAGACAGCAGCUUUAUUCACAGUGACGGUCCCGAAGGAAAUGUACACGGUAGACUACGGUGGCAAUGUGACCUUGGAGUGUGAUUUUGACACCGGAGGUCAUGUGGAACUCAGAGAGUUAAAAGCCAGUUUGCAAAAGGUGGAAAAUGAUACAACCUUGCUCAGUGAAAGAGCCACUUUGCUGGAGGAGCAGCUGCCCCUGGGGAAGGCCUUGUUCCAUAUCCCCCAAGUCCAAGUGGGGGAUGCAGGGCAGUACCGCUGCCUGAUCAUCUAUGGGAUCGCCUGGGACUACAAGUACCUGACUCUGAAAGUCAAAGCUUCCUACAAGAAAAUAAACACUCGCAACCUUAAGGUCCCAGGGACAGAUGAGGUAGAGCUCACCUGCCAGGCUGUAGGCUAUCCCCUGGCGGAAGUGUCCUGGCCAAAUAUCAGUGUUCCUACCAACACCAGCCACAUCAAGACCUCUGAAGGCCUCUACCAGGUCACUAGUGUUCUGCGCCUAAAGCCACACCCUGGCAGGAAUUUCAGCUGUGUGUUCUGGAAUGCCAAUAUGAAGGAACUCACUUCGGCCAUCAUUGACCAAGGUGAUCUGGAAUCCCCCAAGAUCCCUCCAUCUUCACUGCUUCACAUUUUCAUCCUCUCCUUCAUCAUUGCUUUAAUGUUCAUAGCCACAAUGAUAGGCCUAAGAAAACGGCUCUGCCAAAAGUUUUAUUCUGGAAAAGACACAACAAAAAGAUCUGUCACCACGGUAAGGAGGGAAGUGGACAGAGCUGGUCCUGCAGAAGAUUCCUCUCUAUUGGGAAGCCACAGGCAGUGCAGCACACAGCAGGAACACAAUCAAAUCCUAAGGACCUUCAGAGGAAAGAGCCUGCAGUGCAUUCCAAUGGGCAUUUUUAGGAAAUGACUUGGCCUUCAACAUCCUACCUGAGUGAUGUGAUUUCUUCUUCCCUCUCUUC